AUGAUAGGCGCAGAUUUACUCUUAACUAUUAGAGAUAAAUCGUCAAAAACUGAAUCAUUACCUGGAGGAAUUACAAAAUACACUGUUAUCGAUGCACCCAAUACUGUAGCACGGGUCUUUGCUGGUAUUUUUUCUGUUGGACUCUCAGAAUUCACUAAAGGCGCUCAAACUGUAGAAGAAUACCACUACUUCUAUGAAGACAUGCAUUUGGGCCAAACAAGAAACGAUGCUGCUGAGGCUGCAAAUAAAGCUGGCUUAGAGCUUUGCAAGGAUGGUAAGUUCGAAAAGGCAGAAAAACUUUUCAAUGCAGCUUAUCACACAUGCGAAAGUGGGUAUAGCAAUGAGCAACGUUUCCUCAAAAGUAAAAAUGCAAUGGAGAUCGCUAUUGAUGGCCAGCAUUUACAAAAUGCAGGAAGCUUUUUAGAAGCACAGAAAAAAUUUCAGGAAGCAUAUGAUUUAUCAAACGUAUAUGAUGUAUUCACCACAUUGAAGAAUUAUGUUAAUGCUGCUGAAAUCGCCGCACAGCAGCAAUUAGCUGCAAAAAAUGAACUAGAGCAUGCUGGCGACAAUAAUCAGAUUAUUGAUGAACAGUCUUCUGAAGCUGAGCAAUCUUCUGAAGCUGAGCAGUCUUCUGAGGUUGAGCAAUCUUCUGAAGAUGAGCAAUCUGCUAAAGCUGAGCAGUCUGCUAAAGCUGAACAGUCUUCUGAAGCUGAGCAAUCUUCUGAAGAUGAGCAAUCUGCUAAAGCUGAGCAGUCUGCUAAAGCUGAACAGUCUUCUGAAGCUGAGCAGUCUUCUGAAGUUGAGGAGUCUUCUGAAUUUGAGCAACUUGACGAGUCUGGGCAGUCUGCUGAAGAUGAGCAGUCGUAUGAAAAUGUAUCAGUUAGCAAUAUCACAACUGUGAAUGAAAUGGAGAUAGGUAGAACUGAAAGGAUUGCUGUAAAUGAGCAAGCAAGCGAAGAGCUCAUUGUUCAAUCAGAACCAGCUUCACAAAAGGCUGAAAACCGCUGGAAGAAGGUAAUUGACAAGCACAUUACUGAGCAACCAACCUCGGUAAUUGUCACUCGUUGGAAAGAGAUAAUUGAAGCGUUAAGAAUAAAUGAACAAGGAUUAAAGCUCUACCGGGAGGGAAAAUUGAAAGAAGCCGCCGCCGAAAUAGAAUCAGCUCUUGAUAUGUAUGAAAACGCAGUUUCGAAAUUUCAUGAAGCGUCUAUGAAACAACCUUUGGAUGUUAUUUUUAAUUCAUUUGUAAUGGUGAUAGCUGCGUUUAUUGAAAACAAAGCAUAUGAUGAAGCACAAAAUACUAUAAAUUAUGCCAAAGGCCAUUUUCCUGAUAAAACAGAUGCAUUAACGGUUGCAGAACGAAUGAUUAGUAAUGAUGAUUGGUCUCCUGAUUAUGCUAAACAAUAUAUGAUUCAAGUGGAUCAAAAAUUAUUAGAGCAAAAUAUUAUGGAAAAUUCAGAUGGAUAUUGA